AUGGUUGAUUGUAUCUCAUUUUUCCUCUUGCUACCGCAUUCUCAGGACCACGAUGUGGAUGCUAUACAUCCCGGAUACGGAUUCCUCAGUGAACGGGCUGAUUUUGCCGAGGCUUGUGAAAAUGCGGGUAUCCUAUUCAUCGGACCGUCUUCUGCAGUUGUCAGAAAAAUGGGCGACAAAGUUGAGGCCAGACAAGCAGCACUUGAUGCAAACGUUUCGGUGGUCCCCGGAAGUCCCGGGCCGGUCAGAACGGUGAAAGAAGCGCUGGAAUUCAGUAACAGACAUGGUCUGCCGAUUAUUCUCAAGGCGGCUUUUGGAGGAGGUGGGCGCGGCAUGAGAGUUGUACGCGAUCUGAAGGAUUUGGAACAAAAUUUUCAGCUUGCUACUUCUGAAGCGAAGGCAGCUUUCGGAGAUGGUGCUUUAUUUAUUGAAAAAUUUCUCGAACGGCCAAGACAUGUUGAAGUCCAAAUAAUGGGUGACAACGAUGGUAAUGUGAUUCACUUGUUUGAACGGGAUUGUUCUGUUCAGCGAAGACACCAGAAGGUAGUGGAAGUUGCCCCUGCUCCACAUUUGCGGCCCGACGUUCGUGCAUCCAUGUUUCGGGAUGCCAUUCAACUCGCAAAAUCCGUUGGUUAUACCAACGCUGGAACGGUGGAAUUCCUGUACGAUCAGAAUAGUGGCAACCAUUAUUUUAUGGAAGUCAAUGCUCGUUUGCAAGUGGAGCAUACGGUGUCUGAAGAAGUCACCGGUCUCGACUUGGUUCAAAUGCAAAUUCGACUGGCGGAGGGAAGAACUCUGAGUGAUCUGGGUAUCCGGCAAGAGGAUAUUCAAACCCACGGAUAUGCUAUCCAAUGCCGAGUGACUACAGAAGAUCCGGCGAAGAACUUUCAACCUGAUUUUGGACGCAUUGAUGUAUAUCGUGGCGGCGAAGGAAUGGGCAUACGUUUGGACUCGGCGUCCACUUUCGCUGGUGCGGUAGUCUCUCCGUAUUAUGAUUCCUUGCUGUUCAAAGUGAUCGCUCGAGCAGCGACCUUUGAACAAGCAGCAAAAAAGAUGUUACGAUCCCUAAGGGAGACGCGAAUUCAUGGAGUGAAAACCAACAUACCCUUUCUGGUGAAUGUGAUCAGUCACGAACGGUUCCUGAAUGCGGCUGUCGACACGCACUUUGUCGAUGAGCACCCAGAGUUGUUCAAGCUACCGAAAGCGCAGAAGCGAGCACAGAAGCUCUUGAAUUACAUAGCCAACGUGUUGGUUAAUGGCCCAUCCACGGUGCUGGCCACUGGCAUGAAGCCCUCAUUCGAACUACCAACUAUUCCAUCCUUGCCAGCUGACUCUGACAAAGUCCCUCCUCGUGGUUGGCGCGAUGUGCUUCUGGAAUGUGGCCCAACUGAGUUUGCAAAAGCGAUUCGUCGUCAUUCCAACAUUCUUUUCAUGGAUACCACAAUGCGUGACGCACAUCAGUCGCUGUUGGCCACCCGCGUCCGGACAUACGAUUUGGAACGCAUCGCACCAUUCAUAUCGCACUCUUUUCCUCAACUUUUUUCCGUGGAAAAUUGGGGCGGUGCAACGUUUGACGUGGCCAUGCGAUUCCUGCACGAAUGCCCCUGGGAACGUUUGCAAUCGUUGCGCCAACUCAUGCCAAACAUUCCGUUUCAAAUGCUUCUGCGUGGAGCCAAUGCUGUUGGCUAUAAAAAUUAUCCAGACAACGUUGUUUUUAGGUUCUGUGAGCUCGCCGUCCAAAGUGGAAUCGACAUCUUCCGAGUAUUCGACUCUCUGAACUAUAUGCCGAACAUCGUUGUUGGUAUGGAUGCAGCAGGCAAAGCUGGUGGUGUGGUCGAAGGAGCCUUCUGCUACACUGGGGACGUUUCAAAAUCUCACGAAACCAAGUACACGUUAGAUUACUAUCUGGGGCUAACGGAGCAGAUUGUGAAAGCUGGAACGCACAUUCUGGGCAUCAAGGACAUGGCUGGUCUAUUAAAGCCAAAAGCUGCCCGAAUUCUUGUCAGCGCAAUCCGAGAUCGUUACCCCGAUCUCCCAAUUCACGUACAUACUCAUGAUACGGCCGGAGCCGGGGUCGCUAGCAUGCUCGUCGCUGCCGAAGCUGGUGCCGACAUAUUGGAUGUUGCCGUCGACAGCAUGUCGGGUCUAACAAGUCAGCCAAGUAUGGGAGCUAUCGCUGCUGUUCUAAAAGACACACCACUGGAUACAGAGUUGUCCUUGAAAGAUAUCUCAAAAUAUUCUUUCUACUGGGAACUAGCCCGUCGUCUCUACGCCCCAUUCGAGUGUACAGCAACUAUGAAAUCUGGUAACGCUGACGUGUACGAGAAUCAGAUUCCCGGAGGACAGUAUACUAAUCUUCAAUUUCAAGCCUUUUCACUUGGCUUAGGGGAUCAAUUUGAGGAAGUGAAGAGGAAAUACGUGGAAGCAAACGAAUUACUUGGUGACCUGAUUAAGGUUACACCGUCAUCAAAAAUGGUGGGUGAUCUAGCUCAGUUUAUGGCCCAAAACAAAUUAACUGCGGAAGAUGUUUUGGACCGAGCGGAGGAAAUGGCAUUUCCUGCAUCCGUUUUUGAAUUUUUCAAAGGAGAGUUUGGUCUUCCACAUGGAGGAUUUCCUGAACCACUGCGCACAAAGAUUAUGCGUGGAAAACCAAGCUUAGCAGAGCGACCAGGUGCUUCACUACCACCGGUAAGCUUCGACCAGCUGGCCCUGGAGUUGGAGGCGAAAUUCGGACGUGAAUUCGAUGCGAAGGAUACCAUGUCUUACGCGUUAUACCCAAAGGUUUUCGAAGAAUUUGAAGAAUUCCGAUCGAAUUGCGGCCCAGUCGACCGGUUACCAACUCGCGUGUUCUUUACUGGUCCUGAGAUUUCGGAGGAGGUAACGGUUGAUCUCGAGCCCGGGAAAACAAUUUCCAUUAAGACCUUGGCAAUGGCGGAAGAGGCCACGGAUGGAAAACGAGAGGUGUUUUUCGAAAUGAACGGGCAGCUUCGUUCUCUUCUGGUGGUUGAUAAGAAGGCGUCCGAAUCUGUGGUGGUCCAUCCGAAAGCAUUGAAAGGUGUCCCAGGGUCUGUGGGCGCCCCCAUGCCUGGAGAUGUGGUCUCCAUUGAUGUGAAACAGGGGGAUAAAGUUGAGAAAGGUCAAAGGCUGGCCACUCUGUCUGCAAUGAAAAUGGAGGUGGCAAUCACUGCACCCGUUUCUGGACAAAUAUCUAAAGUGCAUGUACAGAAGGGAAUGAAAAUCGCUGGUGAUGACUUAUUGUUUGAUAUCGAAUAAGGAAGUCAAUAUUUACCAGCAAAGUUUCUCAGGAUAACCGAUGCAGCGGCGGCUUAGUCAUAAUGACGUUAUUCCCAGCUCCUUGCUGAGUAUUGCCCAUGAUUCCGUCGGGAUCCGAAUGACAUAUUUUGUAGCCUGCCAGAUUGCUAUUGUUCAAAUACUCAGAGCCUUUUUAUUUCAUUAUUUCUACCAGAAACACCCUUUUUUAAUUGAUUUUCAUUUCCGUGAUGCGCCAUUCGUUUUGUCUGAAUAAUAAACAAACUGUUUGCUUGUUUACGUACUGACGAUUGAGGCGUGUCAGCUUACCCAGCUCUUUUGUUUUGCCUAUCAGUGAUGCAAUGCUUGCAGUGACGAUGGCUAUCCGCUGAAAGUCCUUUAGAUGCUUCGUUUUUUCCCGAAACCAGUUGUCAGUUUGAUUUCCAUCACGACCAGCUUUUCGUAGCGUUUUACUUUGACGCAAAGCUGUUUACGGUUCGUCCCGUAACUUCACCAUUGUCUUAACCACAGUACUUGAGUUGUCUUUUUCACCUGUCCUGGUCCACUAAAAUAUUAUACACCAGUAAUCCAACUAACUUCAAUUUGAAAGCCAACUGAGUGAUACCGG